AUGACGCCACAGAGCCAAGUCAUACUGCUUAUACCUAUGGACAACGUGAAAGUGAUCAAAACGUUCCAGAAGUUUAGGCCUCCCUACUUUGGUGGGAUUGCGCAGGAUCCUUUGACACCCGCCAAAUGGGUAGAGGGAAUGGAAAAGGCAUUUAAGGUAAUGACCCUCAUUGAAGAACAGAAACUGAUUGUGAGGGAGAGGAAGGAAACAGAGUUCAUGGAGUUGAAACAAGGGUCCAACUCUGUAUUGGAAUAUCAACAAGAUUUUGAGAAGUUGUUCUUCUUCGGACCUGAGCAUUUGAAGGGGGAUCAGGCAAAGGCGAAGAGAUUUGAGAAAAGGUUAAGACCCACUAUAGGGGUUGUGUUAUUGGCUCAGUACCUCCAUGGUUAUGCCCAGGUGGUUCAACCUACCAAAUCCAUUGAGGAUAAACAAAGAGAGAACUAUCAUGCCAUCCAAGGGAAGAGGACAGCGGCACCUAGUAGGUUUGGUAAGGGGACAUAUUCUAGUGCAGCAUCAAGUCAAUAUGGAAGACCAGAAAUAGGACAAGCACCACCACCACCUAGACCCAUGGUAGCACAGUCUCAGACGGUCCCCUUAAGGUGUUUUGUCUGUCAGCAAAUGGGUCACUUUGCAAAGAAUUGCUCACAGAGGAGACCGGGUGACCCCUAUGUAGGACCAACCAAAUCAGUGCAACCAUUAUCCGCCACCCAUCCGGCUUAG